CCGGUCCCAACUAGUCUUCGGUGACGAAUGCUUCAUUCACUUAGGAAUUAAAUAAGUAUUUGGGAAUUAUUAAUCUCACUCAACAUUAAUUUGUGAAUUUACCAAAUUUCAGUUUCAUCGUUCACAAAUCACCGUUAAUCGUUAGUAGUGCCAUUUCUUGACAAAUAAUUAUAGUCUAUUUAUCAGUAUUUCCGCCAUGAUACAUGACAAGAGGAGGAAAAUGGUGUUAUCAUCGAUCGCCAUUGCUUUAGGAAUUUUCUUCGUUUUCAUCAUAUUUUCAACCAGGAUCAAAUUAAUUCCAAAAAAGCUGUGUCAAAAAUUUGGAGAUCUUCUCUACAUGGACAAAACGACCGGAAAUUGGUCCUGUCAUGGUUCACGCUAUGCCCAAGGUCCUUGUUCUGAGGACAUGAUCCUCUUCCCUCUGCCAACCAAUCGAAGCGUGGGCGUUUGUCAGUGCGACAAUAUUCGAAGUAAUCGACUCCUCGUAUAUCACAAGGAGACGGAUAAGUGCUACUUUAUAUUUACACGACAAACGUUCUGCAAGGAUGACGAGUGGGUCACACUUUCGUCGUUCGACCACUAUAGUGCGAUUUGUACCCCAAACGUCUGUCUAAAUCAGGUACGAACAGUAAAGGACCCGCAACCAGAUUCCGAGUGGGUACCGUUAAAUGAUGGAUCUUGCGCAAUUCUUGGAAUGAAACACGAAUCCUGCCCUCCAGCUGGUCGAGAGGAUCAAGUUAUUCGAUUUUUCAAACAUAAAAUAUUUCCUGCGUGCAGUUAUCAUCACGACGAGGAAAGGAGUAAAAGGUACGGAAGAAUAUUUGCCGCAGGAGUGAGCGUUCCUCGGAUGAUUUGUCCGGAAGGCUUUUACGAGACCGAGUUGGGCUUGUGUGCAGUGGAAUUUGAUGAUAGUUAGUAAUUAACUAUAUGUUUAGUUAUUUUAUAGCCGAUCUUGUUAAGUAUUGUGUAAUUUUGUUAUUCGGAAAUUAGUAAAUUUUCUGCAGUAUUGCUACAUCA